AAAACAAGCAUAAGGGAAUAAGGCAAACCUAACGAAACCAACCAAAGAAAGAAACAUCGAAAGUAACGAAACCAACCAACAAUUAACGGCGCUUUUACUAUAAAGAGCGCACUUGUCUCGCUGUCACACACACACACACACACUCUUCGUGGCUUCCGCCCUUUCUUCUCUUCAGAUCUCGCUAAUCAAAUCAAAUGGCUUCCAUCACCGCAACCUCCUUCUCCUUCAACCAAACACAGACACUGGUACCUGCUCGUAGGAUCCCUAACACGGGUUUAGUUUCCCUUUCAAUUAAGGGCACAACUUUUCCUUCCCUUACUUUGCAGCGUAGAGUGCCUCGGCUUCAAGUUUCAUGUGCAGCCAAACCAGAAACUGUAAAGAAAGUGUGUGACAUAGUCAAGAAACAACUGGCGCUACCAGAUGAAUCCGCUGUCAAUGGAGAGUCCAAAUUUGCUGCACUUGGAGCAGAUUCUCUUGACACGGUUGAGAUUGUGAUGGGACUUGAGGAGGCAUUUGGUAUUAGUGUGGAAGAAGAAAGUGCCCAGAGCAUUACCACCGUUCAAGAAGCAGCAGAUAUGAUUGAUAAGCUGCUUGAAAGCAAGAGUGCUUAAACCAUGAUAUUUUAGUUUUAUAUUGGUAUUUCUGUUUGAUUGCUCUCCAAGUAAAUGCUAGAUCUUUUCUAAAUUCCUCUAGGAUUGCUGUACCCUAGUUUUAUUCAUUAAGAACUAGCCCAAGCCUUUAUAAGUCUCUUUCUUUUACUAUCAAAUGAAAUAUUGAAAUCUAUCUUUUUUAAUUACA